AUGCUCGUGUCAUUGACCGUGGGCAAAGUCGACGCCGGUGUGGCCGUCCUGCUCACCGAGGAUAAGCGAUUGAUUGAGUUUCCAUCCAUCCUGCUGCCCGCCGACAUCACAUCCGGCUCAAUCGUCGACAUCAACGUAGCACGCAACGAGACAGCUGAAGAGAAGGCUGUUCAAAAGUUCGAAGCCCUCCAAGAAGACAUCUACUCGACCUUCGGCAUCCACUCUCCCUCUGCUCCCGUUCUGCGCUGUCGCAAUGCCACACAAACCUCGGUCGUACUUGAAUGGGAUCCUGUCCAAUUGGCAACAGCAGAGUUGCGUAGUCUGAGCCUGUACCGCAAUGGCAGCAAGGCUGGCAACAUCCCCCGCGACAAGCUGAGCACAAAGAUCUCAGGCCUGGCUGUCGACACCGAAUACACCUUCCACCUUGUCCUGCGCACUUCAGCCGGCACAUACACCAGCGAACGCCUGACUGUCCGCACUCACAAGAUGACCGAUCUGACUGGUAUCACCAUCACUCCUGGCAUCAUGCCUCAGCAAUUGCGCGACGACCUGCAAGCCACCGUUGAUCGCAUCGGCGCAAAAAUGAUUGAUACCUUGCGUAUUGACACGACUCACUUCGUUUGUACAGAAGGUCGUGGUCAAGCAUGGGAGAAGGCUGGUGACAUGAACGUGCCCGUCGUUGUUCCUGACUGGCUGAAGGGUUGCGAGCGCGAAGGGCGCAUAGUUGGUGUCCGCGCUUACUACCUCGAUGCGGACCCCAAGCUACGGAACAUUGGUCCUACUAGCCAACCCUUGCCUUCUCCCCAGCAACAACAACUCAGAGUUCACCCACCACUCUCGAGUCCGCGCAUCGAACACACACCACCUACCCCCGAACAAAUCCAGAAUCCAGAGAUGCCUACUUCUCAGCCUAACUCGGUUCCUGCACCUCCACCAAAG